AUGAUACAGAAGAAGACAACAACAACAACAACAAGAAGAAGAAGGGAUGACGAUAAAGAAGGAAAAGAGCAGUCGUCGUGUUUUGGAACGGUGGUCGUUUUGAAAGACUCGUUUGGUUUUUUACGGUUAACGCACGAUUAUUACGACCCCGAGGAGGAGGAUAUUUGUGAUGAUGAUGAUGUUGUUGUUUUUGAUGAUGUUGAUGCAACAUCAUCAUCAUCAUCAAAGCGUGUACCGACUCUACGCGCGCAAGCGCAACUGUUUUUCCACAUCACCGAGUACUUUAAAAACCCAGAGUUACAACAAAAAGAAGGAGAAGAAGAAGAGGAUCGACCGUUACUGGCCGGAGAUAUGGUGAAGUUUAAAGUCGUCCGAGGAGGACAAGAAAAAGGAACAGGCGGGAAACAACAAAACGAGAACAAGGAAGGAAAAACGCACAAAGCGACGGACGUCAUGCGAUGUUCGAAAGGAGAUUUGAGAGUGAAAAUUAUACAGGAACAGGUGGAAGGUGUGGUGAAAAGAGGGUUGAAAGGGAAAACGAAACACGAAGCGUACGGUGGGUGCGUGUCGUGUUCUUUACUAACAUCAACAAAGGAGAACAAAGAAGAGGAGAAGAAGAAGCUUAUGGAGCUCGAAUUCGCCGGCGCGAACGUCGCGGAGAGUUGUAAGAAAAAGUUGAAGCAAGGAAUGAAAGUUCAGUUUAGUUUAGGUCGAGAACCGACGACGAGAAAAUACGUGGUCGUAGACAUAGCGCCGAUAGAAGGAGGAGGCGUUGAAGAGAAGAAAACGAAGAAGAAGGAAGGAGAUGAAAACGACGACGACCAAGAUAAAAAAAUCGAGGAAGAAGAAGAAGACGAGUAUUUCGAAGAGAUUCCAACAUCCUACGGACGCGUCGAUAAACUCUCGCAAUCGUUCGGGUUUAUUCAGAAAGCGCACGGCAGAAUGCCUUCGCACAACAACGGCAACAGGAGAGAAGAACAAGGUUUAUUCUUUCAUUACACGGCUUUAAAAGACAAGACGGAUGUAGGAAAGUUGACCGUCGGCACCGCGGUAAGUUUUGAAAUCGUCAAGGUGAGUACAGGGAGCGCUAAAGGUAAGAAAGCAAACGCAAUAAACGUUCAAUUAUGCGACGAGGAAACCGUUCGAGCGAUCGAGUCGGAACUCAGACUUCAGCGUAAGCUCGCCGAGAAAGAGAAAAACGCCGCUUUGCUCGAUAAAGACGGCAUCGAUGGUGAUUCCUGGGGUAAGAAGAAAGUAAACGUCGUCGACGAGAGUAAUAAUAGCAAAAAUGGUAAAAAAUACGUAGAAGCGCCGGCAUCUGGGGAAGAAGAAAAUGCAUCGUCGUCGGAACAGCAAAAUGAUUCUUCGGUUUCGUUAGAAUUGGGUAAAAUUGCCGUCAUCAAGAACGGUUUCGGUUUCAUCAAAUGCGAAGAACGCGUGGAGGAUGUGUUUUUCCAUUUCACACAAUUGAAGAAUUUCGAAAACCCGAAAGUGGGAAAAAUCGUUCAAUUCACUGUCCACAGAGAUCAAAAAAGAGACGCAAUGGUCGCACACGACGUGUGCGAAGCUCCAGAAGGCUCGAAAGUAGUCUUUGAAACCGUCGAUGAACGAAGCAUUCGAGGCGUCUGUAAAGAACGCCUGGUAUUUGCCUCCGGUCGAAGUUUCGGAAAAUCCUCAUUUUCGUCCAAUGCGAGCAACAAUGGAACGGUUGUCGUCGAAAACGCGGGCGGAACUUCGCAAAGUUACAAAUUUAAAACCGUCGUCGACCGAAACUGCAAUCCGAAACCCGGAGAUUUGGUUUCUUUUUGCGUCGCCACUGAUAAACGAGACGAGAAGAAACAGUUCGCGACGAAAGUGAAAUUAGUUCAAUUUACCGGUACCGUUGUGAGUGCGAAAAGCGAAGGUUCGUAUGGCUUUUUUUCGCACAGCGAUCCAGAUACCGGCGAAAUCGGAAAAGCGUUCUUCCACGGCGCGGAUGUGGAUGGCGGCGUGACCUUAUUCGAAGGCGACGAGGCGACGUAUUUCGUGAACCAAUCGCAAGGCGAGAAUAAAGAGUACACGGCGAAACGUAUUAAACGAACGAAAGAAGGUCCGAAUGCUGGAGUUUCGACGCCAACAAGGUCAAACUCAGCCAUGGGAAGUGAUAACAACGGACGCGAUUCGCCAAGACCACAGUUCGUCGGUUCUCAAUUCACGCUUUCGAAAGGCCCGGACGGUACUUCAGGUUUCAGCAGAGGACGAGGUAAAGGCCUGGCGGAGAAAGCAACCGCGGCGGUUUCGAGGUUAAAGUUGGACGCAGCAGAAUUUGUCCUUGGUGGAGGACACACGUCGUCCGUUUCCGCUUCGUGUGGGUCGAGAGACGACCUCGCCGCGUUCGAAGACGCCGAAGAAGAAGAAGAAGAAGAAGAAGAAGAAGAAGAAGAAGAAGAAGAGGAAGAAAAUAUUUAA